AUGAUGGUCAUCAUGAGAAAUUUAAGCAUAACUAUUUUAAGUCUUGUUCUUACAACGAUAGUCAUCGGAAAUGCCUACUAUCAAAAAAAGCAAUUUUUUCCUUCAGUAAUUUACAUAACAAAAUCUAACCCAAGUAUGGCUAUCCUAUAUAUUCAGGCAUUUAUUUUGGUGAUUCUAAUGGGCAAAUUGAUGAGAAAGGUAUUUUUUGGGGAAUUACGCCCAGUUGAAUUGGAGCAUUUGAUGGAAAGGUCUUGGUAUGCUGUGACUGAGACGUGCCUUGCUUUUACUGUCUUUAGGGAUGACUUUAGCCCUAAAUUCGUGGCACUUUUUACAUUACUUCUCUUCUUAAAAUCAUUUCAUUGGCUUGCUGAGGAAAGAGUUGACUUUAUGGAAAGAAGCCCCGUCAUAUCAAUGCUUUUUCAUAUCAGGAUUAUCUCUUUGCUUGUUGUCCUUGGAGCUUUAGAUUUAAAUUUUGUUAGUCAUGCUUAUCAAUCAACUCUUACAAAAGGAGCAUCAGUGCAGUUGGUUUUUGGUUUUGAAUAUGCGAUAUUGCUUACGAUAAUCCUGAAUAUUGUUAUUAAGUAUACUCUUCACUCCACGGAUCUACAUCGUGAAUUACCUUGGGAACAUAAAGCAGUAUUUCUGUUGUACACUGAAUUAAUAAUGGGUUUCAUAAAGGUUGUGCUUUAUGUACUGUUUGUGUUUAUAAUGAUCAGAAUAUAUACAUUACCUCUGUUUGCUUUUCGUCCAAUGUAUUACACCGUCAGGGCAUUCAAAAAAGCUUUCAAUGAUGUUAUCAUGUCAAGAAGAGCCAUUAGAAAUAUGAACACUCUUUAUCCUGAUGCUACUCCUGAGGAAUUAGCUGCUGCUGAUAAUGUAUGCAUAAUUUGUCGUGAAGAAAUGCAUGCUGGAGUGGCCUCAAAGAAGUUGCCAUGUAAUCAUAUAUUUCAUACUUCUUGCUUGCGAUCCUGGUUUCAAAGACAGCAAACAUGCCCAACAUGCAGGCUUAAUAUUUUAAGGACACCUGUUAAUACUCAACAAAAUCCACUUCCUCAGCAAAGAGUUCGUGAUCAACAACAUCAUCAGCAACAACCUAAUUUUCCAUGGACUAGAGAUGCAACUAACCAACAAAAUCUGAACAAUGCUCAAAAUGCAACUACAAAUAAUGGAGCUUCUAUUCCAGGGCCAUCUACAACUUUGCCUCCAAAUGUUACUUUACCAGAAAACUUCCAAUUUUUUUGCCCUCCGUUUCCACACAUACCUUUCAAUUUAGCUCCUCCAAUGCCUCCAUUUGAAAAUUUGUCUGAUGAAGAACUUAGAAGGCUUGAAAGUCAAACAAGAGAAGGAUUAGAAGCAAGGGUCCGUUGUUUACAGAAUAUUCAAACCCUUCUCGAUGUUUCAGUUGUUAUGUUACAACAGUAUUGUGCAGCAGCUGCUGUUGGGCAGCAGCAGAAUUCUGGCUCUUCUGAUAUUCCAUCUACCAAGGAAAAUGUACCAAUUCCAAAGGAAAAUGUUCCAUCUCCUAGCACAAGUAAUAGCAGCCCACAUGAAAAUUCCACAAACUUAGGAAAUCACUCAUGUAUAAAAGAAGACAAAAAUACUGAUCCAAAUUCUUCAACUAAUUUUACUUCUGCUCAGCAACUUUCAGAAAGUGGCAAAUCUUCCACACCUUUGAAUGAUGAAAUGCAAAAUUUGACCCGUGAACAAGAAUUAGCAAGGCAGCGAAGACUUGAAAUGUUUGAUAAUGUUAAACAUCCUUCUAGUUAA